AUGUCUCUUGUAGCCACGAUAAUCGUUCUCUUUUUUCACAUCAUUACAUUUUUUCUCUUUACCACCACCACAGCCUCAUCAUCACCUCUCGGCGGUAUCACCGUCGACUUAAUCCACCGUCGCUCCAACUUCUCUUUUUCGCGACCCUCUAACACUGAUGAUGGAUCUCCGUAUGCUAACACCGUCUUUGAUAAAUUCGAGUAUCUAAUGAAACUACAAAUCGGUACUCCUCCUGUCGAGAUCGAAGCUAUCUUAGACACGGGAAGCGACAUCAUAUGGACACAAUGCUUGCCUUGUCUUCACUGCUACGACCAAACAGCUCCCAUAUUCGACCCUUCGAAAUCCUCAACCUACAAAGAGAAACAAUGCGUCGACCAACCAGACCACACCUGUCCUUACGAAGUUGUCUACGCAGACGAAACCUACUCCAAAGGAACGUUCGCGACCGAGACCAUCACCAUCCAGUCAACUUCAGGAAAGCCCUUUGUGAUGGCCGGAACCACCAUUGGUUGUGGCCACAACAACUCAGGGACUAUGCAGUCUAUGCCCCAGGCCGCUUCGGGCAUUGUUGGUCUAGAUUGGGGAUCUUUAUCGCUCAUCUCACAGAUGGGAGGAAACUACCCCGGUCUUUUCUCUUAUUGCUUUUCCAGUAAAGGAACUAGUAAAUUCAACUUUGGAGCUAAUGCUGUUGUGGCGGGAGAUAGUGUAGCAACCACUAUGUUUAGAAGGGAUGACUCCUAUUACCUUAACCUAGACGCGAUCAGCGUUGGGAAUACUAGAGUUGAGACGUUAGGGACAACGUUUCACUCUUCAGAAGGAAACAUAGUCAUAGACUCUGGAAGCACUUACACGUACUUGCCCGAUAGCUACUGCAACAAGGUGAAGGAUGCUGUUGGCAAUGCUGUGAAAGCUGAACGAGCAACUUCUUCGGGUGAGCUGCUUUGCUACAAUACCAACGACAUAAAUAUAUUUCCGGUGUUCACAAUGCAUUUCUCGGGAGGUGCUGAUCUUGCGUUGGAUAAGUACAAUAUGUUUGUGGAGAAUGGAAAUGUGUAUUGUUUGGCGAUUAUCUGUGGUGAUGCAAUCUUUGGAAACAGAGCACAGAACAAUUGGUUGGUUGGUUAUGAUACUUCUUCACAGCUUGUUUCUUUUAAGUCCACCGAUUGUUCUGCAUUGUACGGUUAA